AUGAAGUUUUUUAAGGUUAUUUUCCUCUUUUCUCUGUGCAUCAUUCGAUUUCCAACAGCCAACGGUGGGACAAUUAGCAACAAGCAAGGAGGUAACGAUAUAAUUACCAUCCCACUUGGAAACUUAUCAGCCAUUACGGCUCCUACGUCCAGCCUGCAAGCAUCCAAUAUAACUCUGAAUGCAACCGGUGUAGCACCCACUGGAGGAUCUUUGAACGAUGGAAGCAUUUAUGCAACCCACGGGACUACAAAUUUGGAUCCCUCUACAGCAAUGAAGUCAACAAGGAAACCUAAAAGGACCGUAAAAAGGAUGUCGAAAAAAGCCUCGAGAAGCCGUCGUUGGAGUAAGACUAGGAAGAGUAUGAAACACGGAGUCGCGCAAAGUGGGAGAGGUUUUGCAAUCCAAAACUCCACCAAUUAUGCCGCUAAAAAUACAACAUCAGGACAGACCAAUAUUCUAAAGCGGUCACACCUGUCUCGUUCUAAGAAAGUCCAUCCUUGCAACACAGUACAAACAUCUGCGAUGAAUUACAGUGUCGGUAGCAUCAUGUGUCGCCGGUGGAAGAGCAGUGAGCUACAGCAUCAUAUGAGCUGUUUGGGGUCAUAUAGUCAUCGAUAUCUGGCAUCUUCCUUCAAAGAAGCGCAACACUUUAAAGAUCUUGACACAGGGAGGGUUCAGGACUUAAGUAGCUCCCAUAUUUGGAAUCAUUCGAAACACAGCGUUCAAAAAAGAUACGUCAACAUCAACCCAGGAGAAACAUUAAUCAGUCGGUGUCACGCGCGAAAAACGACCACAGAAUCCGGCCAUUUAAGGAUCUGCCCAACCUGUGCAGCCAUAACACGUCAGCCAGUGACGCCAAAACGAUUUCCGGAGUAUAUUAAUGAGCUGCUGUGCGAUCCAAAAAUGGUGUCUAAUUACCUGCCCGGUAUCGAUGGCUUCUGUGUGCAGAAAACGUUUACGCUUGAUCUUUUACAAUUUACUGGGGACUGGGAGUUAGAUACCGUACUGAGCGCGGAGGCAGGGUUCAAUGUUUAUAAGGAAAAAUGGGAAAUAUAUACUCAAAGAAUACGGCGCCAUUGCGCAUGCGAGCUGUUGGCUUCAAGCCCGAUGGCCAACUUCCUAUGA